UUUAAUUUUUAGGCUUUCGAGCUUUUUAACGGCUUUUAAACAAAUUUUUUCUUUUAAUUUUCAGAUGGAACCAAAAGAAAUUGAUUCCCGUUUAAUUAAUAAUUGUCUUCGCGGUUUAAUAUUUUUUAAUGGACUUGAAUUAAACGGCAAAUGUCCACAUCAUGAAGCUAUUUUCAAUGCUUUUACAGAUUUAAAAAGGGAAAGAUCAGUUCAAUGCCAAUAUAAAAUUCUUAAUUAUGGAGAUGAUUUUUUUAAGAGGAACAAUUCUAAAAAGACCCAUCCAAACGACUCAAUUUCAAUUAAAAACAAAACUCGCGGAAUAAUUAAAUAUAAUUGGCAAUACAAAUAUUUGGAUGAAAGGCCGGCUUUAAUUGUUUUGUUUAUUGAUUUGGAUUGGGACAGCGACUUGUGGCUACAACAGAAAAAUGAAUGCGAGUCGAGGCUUAAUGUUUUGAGACAAUCAAUUGGCCAAUUAGAGACAAAACUAGCUUUAGUAUUAAUUCAAAAAGCUAAAACAACAGUCGACGACUCUAUAGCCACAGAAAAAGCAAUUGAAAUUUGCCAAUUUUGUAAAAUAUCGACGAGGCAAUUUUAUGUUUUUCCUCUUUUGACGGACAAAAAAGCUACGGCAGAAUGUAUUGUUCGGUUGGAAAUUGCUUUUUAUCAGAUUGCUCAGGAAGCUUACCAAGCCUAUUUCAAAAAGAUUAGAGCUAGUAGUGUUCCAAAUAAUGACCAACAAGUCCUGUUAAGACAACAAUUUAAAUUGGCAUUUAUUUCAGAACUUAGAGAAGAUAGACAUUCUUCGCUAAGGUUUUUUAAAAAAUAUUUUUUUAAACAUAAAAAAGUCCAAAAAUGA